CCACGAUACGAUAUAUAUAUAUAUAGAUAUAUAUUAUUUUAUUAUUAUUUUUUUUUUUUGGGUGAACGAUACGAUAUUUGACUAGCUAGCAAAUAGCAGGAAACGACGACUAGCUGGGGAAGGAUUACUUAUUAUAGUUUGCGGCCUGCCUUAAUUCUUUCUAACAAACACCUCGUCCCCAUAUAUAUGUCGUUUUGCUUUUCUAUCUUUCUGGCAAGGCUUGAAGCCAGGGUCGGGCCGGGGGAUUGUACGGAAACGUCCCCUCUACCACAGGGCGCCGUACAUCCAAAACUAGUCAAGGCAGGUGGUGGAAAUAUCAUUUGUACGUACCAACGUCUCUCCUCUCCUCGCUUUUCCUCUGCCGACCACAGCCCUCCGAGCCACCUGAGAGAGUGCGUCGCUCGGUGGGGUAGUCGGUCGAUUUAUGGUCAAUAUCAGUUGAUCAAUUGAAAAUGGCGGACUUGGAAGCAUCAGCUCCUCACACGGGCAGGCAGCCCAAGUCACCCCGCCAAGUUGCCUUCUCUGAAAUCCCUCUCCCCCCCCAGUACCAACAUCAUCAGCGUGAUGACCAGAGAAAGAAGAAAGAUCAUCAAGACGAAUCAGGACGUCCAUGCUGCUUCACAUGUUGUGCAGGUGCAUGCCUGUGCGUGUUAGCAUUCCUGCUAGUCAUUGUCGUCCUUGGAGUGUCAUUUUUGUCCUUCCUACAGUCCGAGUUGCCUGAUAUACGCGUCCAGAGCUUCUCCUUUUCCAAGCUGGGAGUCCGCCACUUCGAUUCCGAGUCCUACUCCCUCCUUAACGCAACAGCCAAUGUGUUCCUCAAUAUGACCAACAAGAACGACAAGGUUGGGAUUUCAUACCACUCCUUAUUGGCUUACGUUUCGUCUAAUAACAUCCAGUUGGGCCAGAAUAUUCAACUGGAUGGAUUCUCCCAGAGCCCCAGGAAUUCCACCUCGCUGAAAGUAACCGCCACCUUACUCGGAGCCAAGGUAGACACAGAUGAUGCACAGAUGCUAGAAUCGGAUGCGAAGAGCAGGAAGAUGAGUGUGGAUGUGGGCUUACAUGGUAGUUUGGGCUUUUAUGCUGGAGAUAUACUCAAGUUGCAGGGGUUGCCGUUCCAAAUACGAUGCUCUAACGUGCUGCAAUCCCAGAUUGAUGUGGAGCAGCCCACAAGAUGCAACAUCCGACUCUUUGCAUCAUAGGCCGCUUUCUUCGCUAGUUUUUUUAUUUUUUAUUUUGGAUAAUUCAAGACUUUAUUUAUUAAGUGGUACUAAAGACAUUGUUAUAAGGAUAACCACCAUACGUCGAGAGGCAAUCAAAAUUCAACACAAAAGCUAGGAGGCUAAAGCCGUGAGCAUGAUGA